AUGGCUGCUAUACCACAAAUAAGGAGAUUGGAUCCCUCUGUUGUCAAUAAGAUUGCUGCGGGUGAAAUUAUUAUAUCUCCAGUUAAUGCUUUGAAAGAACUUUUGGAAAAUUCGAUUGAUGCAAAGGCUACUAAUAUUGAUGUCUUGGUUAAAGAUGGAGGUAUCAAGCUGUUACAAAUUGCAGAUAAUGGAUGCGGAAUCAAUAAGUCAGAUUUGCCGAUCCUUUGUGAGAGGUUUACCACGUCAAAACUUGAAACUUUCGACGACUUACAAAAACUUAACACAUAUGGUUUCAGAGGAGAAGCACUGGCUAGUAUAUCCCACAUUGCUAGGCUUACGAUAGUAACGAAAACUGAAACUGAGAAAUGUGCAUGGAAGGUGGCAUAUUCUCAAGGCAAAAUGCUGAAUGAACCUAGUCCGGUUGCUGGGAAAACAGGUACGUCAAUCUUAAUUGAAGACUUGUUUUACAAUAUUCCAUCAAGACUGAGGUCUUUAAAAUCCCCUAGUGAGGAAUAUAACAAAAUUCUUGAUGUUAUAGGGAGAUAUGCCAUACAUUCGCAAAAUAUUGGGUUUUCACUAAAAAAAUUUGGCGACUCGCAAUUUCAUUUAAUGCUUAGAUCAAAUUUAACUAUCACAGAAAGGAUAAGAACCGUUUAUAGUAAUUCAGUAGCAAGUAACUUGAUAUUUUUGGAAUUGGAUCCUGUAGAAAAUUUGAAUUUUACGAAAAUAGAGGGCUAUGUUUCAGACUUGAAUUACUACGUUAGUAAUAAAAAAUCAAUUCAACCCAUAUUCUUCAUUAAUGAAAGGUUAGUUACUUGUGAACCACUCAAAAGAGCAUUGUUCCAUGUUUAUUCAAAUUACAUGCCGAAAAGUUCCAGUAGCAGUAAGCCAUUUCUCUAUUUCAACAUUUUGAUCGAUCCAAAAACAAUCGACGUAAAUAUACAUCCUACCAAAAAAGAGGUGAGGUUUUUAAAUCAAACAGAAAUUAUUGAAAAAAUUUCAAUGUUUCUCCAUGAGAAACUAGCAACCAUAGAUACAUCCAAGCUUUUCAAGACAUCUACCUUAACGACUGGUACUGGUCAAUUGGCAACCUCACAAAAAGUGAAAUCACAGCAAAAUUAUUCUAAUAGCAUUAAAAAUAGUAUAAAAGUAUAUGAACAUAAUUUGGUGAGAACUGACGCCUCGCAAUCCAAAAUUACAUCUUUUUUACAGUCAAGCUCCUAUUCAGACGCGGAUAAUAAUAAACCAGAACAAAGUACAGAUACCCAUGUCGACAACUUGUUAAACAGUGAGGAGCAUUUAGAUGUCCAAUCAAUUAAAAAGAAAAAUGUAUUUGAAGACGAUGAGUACAUAGAAGAUAACACAGACACCAUUAAAAGGCAGAGGAUUGACGCAGAGGAAGAGCGAGAACCAAAAAAAGUUAAUUCUGUAACUAGGGAAAGUAUAGUGGAUUUGUCACACUCCACAGAAGUCCCAGAGGCAACUAUAGCAUCUUCAUUACCUCAAAGGGGAACUAAUGGAGGGCUUAAGCGUAAUAGAUAUUCUAUUAUCAAAAAGGAACGGGUAAAUGUUAAUCUGACAAGCAUCAAAACUCUUAAGCAAAUGGUAGAUAAAUCAGUACAUCAUGACUUGACUCAAAUAUUUUCAGAUUUGAUAUUUGUUGGUGUUGUAGACGAGGAGAAGCGUCUCAUGUCAGUACAACAUGACCUGAAACUGUUCUUGGUAGAUUAUGGUUCCAUUUGUAAUGAGUUAUUUUAUCAGAUUGGUCUUACUGAUUUCGCAAAUUUUGGCAAAAUAAUUGUUCAAUCUUCCAGUAAGGACCUAACUUUGAUUAACUUGCUUUCUGUUUUCGACCUUGACAUUGAGAAAAAGCUCCAAAUGAUUUCAAAACUUUGGGAAAUGAGGGAAAUGUUAAGCGAGUAUUUUUCCAUUGAUUUGUCCACUGAAGGUGAUGAUAACAAUUUAGAAUCGGUACAACUUGUUUCUAUUCCACUUCUCCUGAAAAACUAUGACCCUCCUUUGUCAAAGUUACCAUUUCUCAUAUAUAGAAUAGGGUCAAAAGUUGACUGGGACAAUGAAGAGGCAUGCUUGGACGGAAUUCUAAGGCAAAUAGCAUUAUUCAACAUUCCAGAAAUCAUAGAAAAAAUUGAUACUACAGAUGAUCACAUACACGAAGAUGUUAAGGUUAACUUCGUUAACAAAUCUAAAAAGUUGUCAUACGAUAUUGAACAUGUUAUAGUGCCAUGCAUUAAAAGACGUUUUUUGGCACCAAGACACAUGUUAAAUGAAGUGAUUGAAAUCGCAAAUCUUCCUGGACUAUAUAAAGUUUUUGAAAGAUGUUGA